CGAUUUCAAACGCGAAAAUAGUAUCAAAUGCUAUGCAGAAGAUUGCACCAUUAGAGCUAGCAGAGAGAGCCUGGGAUAAUGUUGGUUUGCUCGUAGAAGCACCUUUCGAGAAGCCAGGAAACAACGACGUCGUUAUCGUCAACGAUUUGACAGAGAGAGUCUUCAAUAAGGUUUUGGCUGACCACCCUAGCACUUCUGUCAUUGUCAGUUAUCACCCACCAAUCUUCAGAGCUCUCAAGACGAUCACAAUGGAUAACUCAAUCCAAAGAACUGUUUUGAAGUGUAUUGCUAAUGGUAUUAGUAUCUACUCGCCACAUACAGCUUGCGAUGCUGUCAGAGGCGGUGUAAAUGACUGGAUGUUCUCUGCAAUCACCGGCCAUUCCACAUCGCAGCCGAUAAUCCCGUCAAACACAACAUUAGCAAACCAUCAAGAUGCAGGCAUGGGUAGAUACGGUAACUUUGAGAAUGCAGUAUCAUCAAGUGAUAUUAUCAAUCGCGUCAAGGAGCAUUUUAAGGUGGAUUCACUUCAGUUUGCAGAUGGUGGUAAGAAGUCCUUCAAUUCAGUAGCUGUAUGUGCUGGAUCUGGCUCGUCCAUACUCAGUAAGGCACCAUCUGUUGAUUUAUAUGUUACUGGCGAGAUGGGACACCACGACGUCUUAGCAGCCGUAGCACAAGGCAUAUCCGUCAUACUGCUAAACCAUAGCAACUCGGAGCGGAUGUACCUUCAAACCAGUCUAAAGGACGCCCUCAUGAAUGUUAUGAACCUCGAGCGAGAAGAAGCAGGUAUACCAGCAGCUGACUACUCUGUAUCAGCUUGUGUCGCCGAUAAGGACCCACUUGUAUCAGUAUGAAUU